UACGCGGAAGCGACGGAGGCGAUGGCGGCUGGUAGGAGUUUGAGUCGCUCGGAGCGGAAAGCGGCGGCGCGCGCCGAGCUCCUCCGCCAAGAAGAGCAGCGAGAGCGACGUCGGCAGGUGUCCCGGAUCCUGUACAAGCCGAUGGCUGAGCGGAGCCCCGACGAGGCCUUGCUUUUGUCUGGAUGUCAGGAGAUCGUGCGCGACCUGGAGCGGCUUCGAAAGAAGCGCGAGAGGCUGCGGUGCCGGCUGGAGGAGGUUUGUGAUGAACCUGAAGAGUUGAAGAAAAAAGUGAGCAAGCUCUCUUUGGCUGUGCGGGGCGCUAAACACCUUAUCAUCUAUACAGGAGCUGGCAUCAGUACGGCAGCUUCAAUCCCUGACUACCGAGGCCCAAAUGGGGUGUGGACAAUGUUGCAGAAGGGUAGGAGUAUCAGAGCUACAGAUCUGAGUGAGGCAGAGCCCACGCUCACGCAUAUGAGCAUUGCCUGCUUGCACAAGCACAAACUGGUGCAUCAUGUGGUGUCACAGAAUUGUGAUGGGCUCCACCUGCGUAGUGGCCUGCCUCAGGAAGCCCUUUCUGAGCUGCAUGGAAACAUGUACAUAGAGGUCUGCACAUCCUGCAUACCCAAUCGUGAAUAUGUGCGAGUCUUUGAUGUGACGGAACGUACAGCCCUGCACAGGCACCAUACUGGCAGGAUGUGUCACAAGUGUGGGGCACAGUUGAGAGAUACCAUUGUACACUUUGGGGAGAAAGGCAUCUUGCAGCAGCCCUUGAACUGGGAGGCAGCAAUAGAGGCUGCAAGCAAAGCAGAUGUGAUCCUUUGCUUGGGAUCCAGCUUAAAGGUGUUGAAAAAAUAUCCACACUUAUGGUGCAUGAGCAAGCCACCCAGACGCCGCCCUAAGCUUUACAUUGUAAAUCUUCAGUGGACACCAAAGGAUGAUCUAGCAGCCCUGAAGCUUCAUGGGAAAUGUGAUGACGUGAUGAAGCUUUUGAUGGACGAGCUGGGACUUCCCAUCCCUUGCUAUGACAGAACAAAGGAUCCGAUCUUCUCUUUGGCUACUCCAUUGCGACCUGAAGAAAGCAGCAGCCAUAGCCGGAAACCUGUGGCCCCACCAGCAAGUCUUCAUGAGGUGCAGCUAGGGGAGCAGCAGCAGGUGCCUGCAGCUCCCUUCUCUGGUGGCUGGUUUGGCAGGGGCUGUGCAAAAGGCACAAAGAGAAAAAAAGCCUCUUGAUUAUGGCCCUGCCCAAAGAGGACACUAGACUUUUUAACCUUGGGGUCCAACUGAAGUUACUAACGUCAGGACAAAAAAAUGUCCUCUGCACUCAAUAUGAUCAGGAUUGCUGGGUUAACUGGAAAAGCAGCUGCUAUUUUCAUAUAUGUUUUAUAUAAUUUUCUCACUUUAUGAACAUGAUGUAGGUGAAAGCCUACCUUGGUUCCUACUGUGUAAGAGGAAGCUGGCGUUUGAUACUCAGGGCUGCCAAUUCUUAAAUUACAAUAAAACAAUA